AUGGGCGACUAUCAUGGCCAAGACCAAACGAGCCUGGCGGUAAUUGGAGCGGGUGCUAUGGGAAGCUCCAUGCUUGCCUGUAUGCUGAAGCGCACGCAGAGAGCCAACGCCAAUACCGAUGCAGCAGAUACGGCAGUCAUCGACUUCGAUGCCUUUGUCGCCUGCGUGAGCAGCAACGGAUCAGCCGAGCGCUUGUCCAACGACGCGCGGUUCACGCAAGCCAUUCGCGAAAAGAAAUUGAACAUCACUCACGGAGACAACGCCGAGGCCAUGUCGCGAGCCAGCGUUAUAUUGCUGGCGUGUAAGCCUGGACAGGUGCAGACGUUACUCUCCGAGAAAGGUGUUAGUGAGGCGGUAAAGGGCAAGCUCGUCAUCAGUGUGCUGGCGGGCAAGACGUGCGCACAGCUCAGUGAGUACAUUUACCCGAUCUCAACUGCUCUAGCACAUGAGAAAGACCGGUGCUGGAUCGUGCGGGCGAUGCCGAGCCUGUCGGCGACGGUGGGCGAGUCGAUGACCGUGCUGGAGGAUUUCCCGGCCAACAUGCCGCCCGCUUUAGCGCAACGAGCGACACAAGUCUUGGGAAUGGUGGGCAAGGUUCGCAUGGUGUCAGCCGAUCUAUUCGACACAGCGACGGUCGUCGUAGGCUCGACACCGGCCUUUCUAGCCAUCGGCAUUGACGGCAUUCUCGACGGUGCCGUUUCCGAGGGCUUGAGGAGGUCCGAGGCUGCGGCCAUGAUGGCGCAGGUGCUCACUGGGCUGGGGAAGCUGAUGGCCGAGGAGGGUCAACAUCUUGGCAUGCUGAGGGAGAGUGUUGCCAGUCCCAAGGGGGCUACUAUCGGAGGCAUCCUGGCGCUUGAGAAGGCCGCUGCUAGAUAUGCGUUUUCUGAGGCGGUCAUGCAGGCUGCUGCGCGGAUCAAAAAGCUCUAA